AUACUAUUAUAAAAGUAAGAUAUGUUCAUCCAAGUACGAAAGAGGAUAGUAAUCUAAUUACGUUGUGGGCUAUCAGUACAUAUCCAGUUAGACGCGAAGAUUAUGUGAUCGAAAUGGUUUUAUUUGUUUUGAAUAAUCCUGAUAAAAGAGAUUUCGAAACUCAAGCCAUUUUUGAAAGAGAUAGCUAUUAUUCCAUUGGUGGUAAAAUUGUACCUGGAAUUUAUAAAGGCAAGAAGAAACCAAAGAUAUUGUUUAGACUAUUUAUAAAUUUUACAGGUUAUAUUUAUUUAUAUGUUGUCUUCUUUUCAUCUCAGAUGACAGUUUCAAUUUCUACUCAUGUAAUGAUUUUGAAUAAGGCUCCUGAAUUAAAUAAGUGUCCUUUGAGAAUUUCUCUUAUCGAAGAAUUACUUGUUUUUAUUGUUAGGCAAUUGGAAGUAAUUCAUAACGAUUUUUACAUUUAUGCUAAAGAUAUUAGUGUUAUUGACACUACUUCAUUCAGAAGAAGAAUUUUUGACAACAGUUCCACUAAUUUAUCAGAAGUCGUUAAUGCUACUCAGUCAAAACUUUUUUCUACAUAUCGAAACAUUAAUGAAAGUCAGAAAGGUAUUGAUAAGUUUAAAACUUCAUCCCUAAAUGUUUCAAAUGAUUCUGUUGAUAAUAAUUUUCAACUUGCGUCGUGUUCUAAGCACGUGAGAACUGAACAUAGUGAUGAAUUUACGAACAUGUUUAAUGAUACUAGUGGAGAUGAAAAAUGUAAAAGGAGAAAGAAUGUUAAAAAGGGUGUAGGUCGUCAUUUGCGUAGUGAUUCGAAAUUAUCUAAGUCUGAUACAGAUAUUGUUAAUAGCAAGUAG